AUGAGCACGCCACGCGCCCCACGGUCUCCCAGGGACCGAAAACUGUAUUUCGCCUUCGGCAGCAACCUCUGGAGAGAGCAAAUGGCUCGUCGCUGCCCAAACUCACCUUUCGUCGGCAUCGGCUGCCUGAACAACUUUGAGUGGUUCAUCAACGAACGCCGCUAUGCCAACAUCGCUCCGGUCAAUCCGCUGCCACCCGCCCGCGGAAACAACCGUGGCGGCAGCGGCAGCAAGAAAGUCUGGGGGCUGGUCUACGAGCUGAGCCAGGCCGACGAGGAACGGCUGGACCGAUACGAAGGCGUGCCGGAUUGCUACCAAAAGAGGAUGGUGGAGGUGAACUUGUACCCCGUCACUCGGGAGUCUCAACGCACGGGCAUGCUGGGCUCUGCACGUCCCGUCGACAUGCUCAUCUACAUCGACCUCCAGCGCAACCAGGGCCACUUCGAGCCCAAGGAAGAAUACGUGUACCGCAUGAACCUGGGCAUCGAGGAUGCCCUGGACGCGGGGGUCCCCGAGCGCUAUGUCGUUGACGUCAUGAGGCCCUAUAUUUCUUGCGUGAGCCCUGAUGCGGCAAGGAGGGCUCUUGCGCAAAGGGCCGCU